CAUUUUUUUUUUUUUUAGCUUAGGCUUGUAAGUAUUCAGUAUUGCAAUGCUAUCUUCCCAUUAUCUAGAUAUAAAACUCUGGUGAUGAAAACAACAUAUUUUUGGUUUAUAUCGACAGCAUCUUAAUUCUUGUUUGAUUUAUCGGUGAAAGUGUACGGGCCUAGAUGAUAUGUCUUGCAUUGAGUAUUCACGCCAUUUUUAUCAGAAAGUGCAACAGAAUGUCAAAUUCAUACAACCCAGGAUUGAUUGGUCCACAAAUCCCCCCUGGGAGAAUGGACCCCAUGCACAACAACGCACCACUUCAGUUCAAUACAAACAAAGGAAAGCCACCGAUGGCCAUGGAGGGAGAUCCAGAGCAAGUGAGCAGUGCAGGCGGUGGUGACCUGGUGGGACAGGGGUACUACAACAGCGGCAGUGCAGGAAGUGGGGGCCUCAUGGGGAACAUGAUGCAGGGGCCCAUGAUGGGGGCUGACCCCAGCAUGAUGAUGAUGUUCAAUCAGUAUGGUGGCUGGGGUCCAAUGGGACCUAACAAUCAGGACAUGUUGAUGCAGUUCAUGCCAAAGGAAAUAAUUACGCUGAAGACGUGUGUAAUGUACCCACCGCCACCAAAUGCCCCUCCCCCCACCACCAGAGAGAGACCCCCAGGAUGUAGGACAGCCUUUGUGGGAGGAUUGCCAGAAAAUGUGACAGAGGAAAUUAUCGGGGAGGCGUUCUCAAACUUUGGAAUGAUUGUCAGCAUCAGGAAGGGCAAGAAGAACUUUUGUCACAUCCGCUACGAGUUGGAGGAGAGUGUGGAUAGAUCGUUAUUUUUAUCAGGAUACAGAAUGAAGAUUGAAGACAAAGAUGACAAACCAAACACAGGAAGACUCCAUGUGGAUUACGCCCAGGCCAGAGACGACCAGUACGAAUUCGAAUGUAAACAGAGGAUGCUGGCCAGAGAGAUGAGGCAUCGCCAGAGAAUGGAGGAUGACCGCCUCCACCCUCCCAGUCCACCCCCCAUUGUCCACUACAGUGACCAUGAGGCGUACGUCCUCAUGGAACAGCUUAAAUCUGAUGAUGAGUUUAUGAAAGCUGCAUUGAUUUUAGUUACUUGGUUAGAUAGAGGAGAUCUCACUAAAAGAAACGUGAACAAUUUCUACGGCAUGAUACAAUGUACGAAUUCCCAGGUUCGACGGCUGCUGUCGGAAAAACAAAAUCAGGAGGAGGCCUUACAGAAAAUGAAGGACAACUUCCGAAAUAUUUUUGAAGGAAUUCUCCAUCAAUUCGAUCAGAUUGAGAAAGUCUUUAGCUGCUCACGUAAACAACGGAACUGGGAUCAUUUUAGUAAGGCUCAACGCAAGAACCUAGAGCUAUGGUUCAAGCAGGCUCAGGAAAUCAAACAGAAUCAGCUGGAGGAGUUCCUCAGCACCCGAAUGGACGACGACAUGGAAAUGUCUGACGAGGAACCAUCGGAACCAAAAAAGAAAAAACCAGAUGAGCCAUUCAAUCCACAACAGCUUCAAGAAUUCUUGGCAAGAGGUACAAUGAGAGAGGAAAACGAUUCAUUGAAGUGUCAGAUAGAAGCCUACAAGAACGAACUGGAAAUGCUGAAGGCAGAGAAAGUGACUGGUAUAAGUGAAAAGGAUAGUCAGCUCAAGAUCCUACAGCAGGCCAUGCAGGGCAUGCAGCAGCAACUAAUACAAGCCAAGAUGGAGUGUAAGCAGUUAGAAAAUGAAUUACGAGCAUCGAAACAAGCAAAACAAGCUCCGACCGAGGAGAAGGUGGAAAAACCGGAGGAAGGCUCCGAAGACAAGAGUGAAGAAGGAAGUACAACUGAAGAGAAACAAAGUUCCAGCAAAGAGACUUCAGUCUCCACAGUGAGCAGCACAGGACUGAAUCUAACUGAUAAAGAGACCAGACUGAUAGGAUUGGUGUCCUGUUUCCUCCAUGUUCACCCAAAUGGUGCAAGUGUAGACUACAUAUGGUCUUACCUGUCUCAGUUAAACGUCAACACACGGACCAGUGAGCUGGAAGAACUAUUGUUACGUCUCCCAACAUUGUUCAAACUGAAUAUGAGUGGGGUGGGGGCAGGAAUUGAAAAGAAGUGGCAGUUUGUUGCUUAUUCGAAUACAUCACUUCUCCCAUUCAACUUCUGAACUUAAACCUGCAAUAUUUAGGAAUCUGCGAUGGAGCGAUAUCACAACAGACAACAGUGGAAGUUCAAAUGUACUUAAGAUUAGCUUGGCUUUUUCUGAUUUAAAAACAUGCUUGAUCUUUAUGGUAGUCAUUUUAUUUCCUCAGUACCAAAGACACAUUACAUGUAGUGUUUUUAAUGUUGCCAGUUUUAUGUCAGUUUGUUGUUAAUAUUCCAAUACAUGUGGAUGUUAAUAUAUAAAAUCGUUGAAAAUGACAA